CUUCAUCAGGUUGGAGAAAUGGCCUCAGAUAAUAAGAACGUCGCUGCCCUGGGUCGACCUUUCACCCUGGGAAUGCUCUAUGAUGCUCGGAGAGAUGAACUGAUCCCAGGUUUGACAUUGUGGGAUGAUAAAACUCUACAAGGCAAGAUAAAAGAAAGCUCUCAGCACUCCAGUGCAUUUGAGAUUUCUGCUUCUGACUCCACUGAAUCCAAGUGCUCUCUGCUGGAUGUUGAUGCUUCUCUGAAGGCCAGUUUCAUGAGUGGACUGAUAGAAGUUGGAGGAUCUGCCAAGUAUCUGAAUGAUCAGAAGAAAUUCCACAAUCAGAGCAGAGUGACGUUUCAGUACAAAGCUACCACCAACUUCAAGCAGUUAAUGAUUGAACAACUAACCAUGGACCCCCAACAGAUGGAUGUCAUUAAGAAGAGCUCAGCAACACAUGUAGUCACAGGCAUCCUUUAUGGGGCAAAUGCUUUCUUUGUGUUUGACAGUGAGAAGUUAGAGGCCAGCAGUGUUCAGGACAUCCAGGGCAGCAUGCAAGCUGUAAUGAAGAAGAUCCCCUCAUUUAAUAUUGAGGGGCAAGUUAACAUUAAGCUGACUGAUGAAGAAAAAGCCCUGACACAGAAAUUCUCCUGCAAAUUCUACGGAGUUGAUAGUAACCCUUCAACAUUUGAAGAGGCAGUGAAGACCUACGUACAACUCCCAAAGCUACUGGGAGAAAAAGGAGAGAAGGCUGUUCCAGUGAAGGUCUGGCUGAUGCCGCUGAAGAAUUUCAACUCUAAAGCUGCUGAGCUGAAGAAAGAGAUCACAAACAGAUUAGUUAGGAAGGUCCAGGAUAAUCUAGACGAUUUAAAGGAAAUAGAAAUGAGAUGCAACGAUUCUCUGGAAGACAAAGUGGUGGAGCAGUUUCCUGUGAUUCGAGAGGAGUUGAGCACUCUCCAAAAGUUGUGUGGUUAUUAUGCAUCUAACCUCCAGCAGGCCUUGGCGAAGAAACUCCCCUCCAUCCGUGAAGGAAAAGAAGAUGAGAGCUCACUGAACAAACACUUUGAAGACGGAGACAAGUCACCAUUCAGUCAGGAAAAACUAACCAAGUGGCUGGAUCGUAAAGAGAGAGAAAUCAACGUCAUCAGAUCCUGUGUAGAUACCAUGAAGGGAACAAAGAUCGUCCCAAAUCAGUCAGAGCUGGACAGACAGGUUCUUGCUCCAGGUGUAGACAAUGCUCUGUGCUUUGUUUUCACUUCAGUGGAAAAGGGUGAUACUGACCUUGAUGUGAUGGCCGACUACUUGGGUGUUCAAAAAUUAGGAAGUACCAAUGAAGAUCCAUGGUACUACUCAGAUGAAGUUUUCACCAAAAUGAGAGAAAAAGCCAAAGCUUUCCAUCACUUUGCCAACGCACUGAAGAACAACAGUCAAUUCUGUUUCCUCAUAGCAGCCAUUGCAAACAAGAAAUACACAGGAGCAACCAUCUACCAUUACAAGAACGGCAUUCUGGUCAGUGAAGAUUUUUCAAACGAUCUCCCUCCUGUGGAGACCAUCACAGACAGAAGAGAUCUGAUCUGGUAUGCCUGUGAUCUCAACCUGGACCCAAACACUGCAAACUACAACCUCAUUCUGUCUGAAGGAAACAAGAAGGCAACACAUGGAGAACAGCAGUCAUACCCUGAUCACCCAGAGAGGUUUACACAAAUACACCAGGUGUUGUGCAAAGAGAGCUUAUCUGGGCAACAUUACUGGGAGGUGGAGUGGAGUCAGAAUUCCUUUGAUGAUUUUUUUGUUAAUAUUGCUGUUGCAUACAGGGAAAUUGAAAGAAAAUCAGACAAUUCAGAGAGCAAGUUUGGACAUAAUGCCGUAUCGUGGGCUUUCGAAAACUGGCCAAUAAAAGGAACCGGUCACUUACUUUUAGCAUUUGAAAAUAAUGAAAAAAGGAUCUGUACUUUUCCCUCUGAUGGCUGUAACAGAGUUGGGGUGUAUCUGGACUGGCCUGCUGGCACUCUGUCCUUCUACAGAGUCUCCAAUAACACACUGAGGCACCUCUACACCUUUCACACCACAUUCACUAAGCCUGUUUACCCAGGAUUCUGGGUCAAUCAUGAACAAAACUAUGCGUACCUGUGUCCACUUGAACAGGAGUAAUGACAAAUACUUCUCAGAUUCUUGGUCUGUCAAUAGGAAUAUGGGUUUACAUUUAAAGUUUAAAGAACAACUGAACAUCACAUUUUAUCUCGAACAUGCUUCACAAAUUUAAACAACAUAUUCAAACCCAGAGGGACCAGCAAAAUUGAUGAUGUAAUCAUCAAGUGUGUGUGUGUGUGUGUGUGUGUGUGUGUGUGUGUGUAAUUUUAUCAGUUCAUGUUGAUUUGAUGCACAGCCUUCAUUUAAAACUGGCUUGUACUUCACACAUUUAUAAUCACUUUAAACUUUCAUUGCUUACUACUUGAUAUUUAAGAUAGAGGGCUUAUAUCAGAACUCAAUUGCUUUGUCAACACUUGUUGAAAUAUAACUCACAGCUCAUGUAAAAUAAUUGUAUAAUUUAGCAAUUUGUUCUUUUUCUUCUUUGUGAAGUACUUUUUUUUAGAUCGUUCAUCUCAGAAUGCAAGUUUUUCUGUUGACACGUCUGUACCUCAACCUCAACUUUGGGUUCAGUCAUUGACUACUGUUUUGAGGAGAGAGUCACUGUUAACACAUUUUUAUGUUAGAUGUUGAGUACAUUGCUGAUGUUUAUAGAGUUGAAGAAAUGUAUUUUCCUGUUAAUCAGUUGAUGUUGAUUUGAUGAACAGCCUUCUUCUCAAACUGGUUAGUGCUUCACAAUCACUUUAAACUUUCAUUGCUUGGUACAUCACAGAUAAUUCUUUUUAUUUGAUCUUUUUAUUCUACUUCCUGAUACUUAAAGAUAAAGAGCUUAUAUUGAUACACAAUUGCUUUUGUCAACACUUGUUUUAUUGAAAUAUAACUCAUAACUGAUGUAAAAGAAAACUUAUUAACUUGUUUUGUUGAAAAUAUCAUGUUGGUGAUGGGAUAUGAAUUACCUAAAGUGCAUAUUGUUUAAUUUAGCAUUUUGUUCAUUUUCUUCUUCGUGCAGUAUUUUCAGUAUAAGUCUUUUCAGAAUACAAGAGGAAUCAUUUAGUUUUUCUGAUAAGUCUGUACCUUAGCCUUAACUUUGGG